CUUACUCAGUCCUUUCACUUUCGUGCCUCCCUCACAUUUAUAAAGCCCGUAUCAAUCGUCAUCAGACGAAUGGCCGUGCAUAGACCGCGCUUGCAUUGUCAAUUGUGGUCGAUUUAUUUUCGAGUAUUGUUUGGGGGGAUACGUCAUAGAAUGUGUCGAGUCUAAAUAGUCGUUUAAUAAAUACGAUGGGCACAGAUAAGCUUUUAGUGUCCGUAUCGCAACAGGGAAUAUAUUGAAGAAAGAUCGAACAAAGUAAUUACGACACGCGUUGGUCGAACACGCGGUGGAUGCAUAUUCGGACGCGAAUCGGUCUGAUCGGAUUAUCACCCCGUCACCUUGGCAUUUGAUUUUUCGUGAGAAUCUCUCGUACAGAUCGGACGGCGAUCACGUUUGCGAGAAUAAAAGUCUGUGCCCGCCAAAAUGCCAGAAAACGGAAUACGUAUGUCCGAAAUGGAGAUCGUCAAAUUAUCAGGAGAUCGUCCAAAAAAUUCUCUUCGAACUGGCGAGACUGUUGUAUCAACAAAUUAGACGGAUUAGACAGAUAUUAAGAAGCGUACGAAAACAUAAACAAUCCGGCGCCACAGGAAGCGGUGGACGGCGCCAACAGAAAUCCCGGCCUCACGUAUGGCAUUGACGACGUUCCGCCGUGGUAUCUGUGUCUAUUCAUGGCAUUGCAGCAUUAUCUGACCAUGAUCGGCGCCAUCGUUUCUAUCCCUUUCAUAUUAACGCCAGCUCUCUGCAUGGCCGAGGAUGAUCCCUCGAGAAGCUACAUCAUUUCUACGAUGAUUUUCGUCACCGGCCUAGUGACGCUCAUCCAAUCCACCGUAGGAUGUAGGUUACCGUUGGUGCAGGGAGGCACCAUAUCGUUCUUGGUACCAACUCUGGCGAUAUUGAACCUGCCGCAAUGGCAAUGUCCCGCGCCGGAAAUCUUAAGUCAAAUGUCCCACGAGAACCGCACGGAACUUUGGCAGGUGCGAAUGAGAGAGUUAUCGGGCGCGAUCGCCGUAUCCGCCGUGUUCCAGAUAGUCGUCGGGUUCGGAGGUAUUAUCGGAUAUCUGCUGAAGUUUAUCACUCCAUUAACGAUCGUGCCGACGGUCUCAUUGGUCGGACUGUCCUUGUUUGAAAAUGCAGCGGAUGCUGCAUCUCAGCACUGGGGUAUCGCAGCCGGAACGAUAAUAAUGCUGACGACGUAUUCUCAAAUAUUGGUCAACGUGCCGGUUCCAUUCGUGAUAUAUCGUAAGGAUCACGGUCUCCGUCUGAUCUGGUUCGAGUUGUUCAAACUGUUCCCGGUUUUGCUGACGAUCAUUGCCAUGUGGAUAAUCUGCACUAUAUUAACGGUGAUGGACGCACUUCCGAUGGGUCAUCCCGCCAGGUCCGACAGUAAAUUGAAAAUUAUAAGCGACUCGCCCUGGUUCCGCGUUCCGUAUCCCGGACAAUGGGGUCUACCUACCGUUACGUUAUCGGGCGUUCUCGGCAUGUUAGCGGGUGUAUUAGCCUGCACGGUCGAAUCUAUCAGUUAUUACCCCACCACCGCAAAGAUGUGCGGAGCGCCGCCGCCGCCGGUCCACGCGAUCAAUCGAGGCAUCGGCAUGGAAGGCCUCGGCACGAUGUUGGCCGGACUUUGGGGUAGCGGGAACGGCACGAACACGUUCGGAGAGAACGUCGGCACGAUAGGGGUUACGAAAGUCGGCAGCCGCAGAGUCAUACAGUGGGCCUGCUUCCUAAUGAUUCUGCAAGGCGUGAUUAGCAAGUUGGGAGCGGUAUUUAUUAUAAUACCCGAACCGAUUGUCGGCGGCAUAUUUUGCGUGAUGUUCGGGAUGAUUUGCGCCUUCGGACUGUCGGCGUUACAAUACAUAGAUCUCAAUUCGGCGAGAAACUUAUAUAUUCUGGGUUUCUCCAUGUUCUUCCCCAUGGUACUGUCCAAGUGGAUGAUCAAACAUUCAGACGUGAUUCAAACGGGAAACGAAGUGGUGGACAGUGUUAUUACAGUGUUACUCAGCACCACCAUUUUGGUCGGCGGUGUAUUGGGUUGCUUCUUGGAUAAUAUCGUGCCAGGUACCGCGGAAGAGCGUGGAUUGGUGGCUUGGUCAAAAGAAAUGGAGCUGACCGAUCGCGUGACCGAUGAGAAAAUUGACAGUAGUACGGAAUACGUUUGGAGUACCUUUGACUUCCCGUUCGGGAUGAAAUUGUUGAGAAGGUGGAAAUGGACAUCUUACGUGCCGUUUUCACCCACAUAUAAAAAAAGGCAUAAUUAGACAAUCAUAAGUAUUUUUAUUUUUUUUUUAACGGAUAAACUAAUUACGUUACACUAUGCCUAUCGUAAAAGAAGACAAACGACAUAGUACAAUAUAUUUGUAUAUAUAUGAAAAAAAAAAAUAUAUAUAAUAUAAAAAUUAAAUAUAUGAGAAGA